GAACGCCUUUCAGCGUUCAGCUUCCUUCCAGCUCGAUCUUAGGUUUCAAUAUGGCCAAAACGUGGAUGAGAGUUGUGCUUCUAUUUCUUUCAGUGUUUCUGUCAGAAAUAAUCGCAUAUACAUCUGGAGCAUUACCAUGUGAGGAUCAUCACCCACGUUGUGGUCAUUGGGCAUCCAAAGGAGAAUGCAAGAAAAAUGUCAAAUGGAUGUCGAAACACUGCCGGAUUAGCUGUGGCCUGUGUGCUCAAGCCAAUGUCCAUGAUCUUUAUAAUCAAGCCAGAAUGGAAAAACAUGGAGCUUUUCAGCUACUCAUCGCCCUGAUCAUCGUAGUUGUAGUUGGGGUGUUCACCAAGAUAUACUUUGAAGGACCUUCCUGUCCAAGUUCUGCAAAGUUGACAGGUAAAACUGUGGUGAUAACAGGUGGAAACACUGGCAUUGGCAAAGAAACAGCACGAAUCGUAGCAUGGAGAAAGGCAAGGGUAAUCAUUGGCUGCCGAAACAUCACAAAGGGAUUACAAGCUGCAGCAGAAAUCAUAGAAAACACUGGAAAUAGAAAUGUGGAAGUCAAAAAACUGGACUUAUCUUCAUUUAAAUCAGUGCGGAAAUUUGCUGAAGAGAUUAAUGAGGAAGAAGACAGGGUUGAUGUCUUGAUAAACAAUGCUGGUUACUUUGGACCAUAUUUGUCAACAGUUGACGGGCUAGAAAACACAAUUCAAGUGAAUUACCUAAGUCAUUUCUUAUUGUCUCAUCUGCUUCUUGAUAAGCUUAAGGCGUGUUCACCCAGCCGUAUUGUUAAUGUGUCCUCUCAGCAGCAUGCUAAGGUGUCACAAAUUGAUAUCAACAAAGUCUUGUCACAGAAGAAGGAGGAUUAUGGAGUGUUCAAAGUCUAUAGCAACAGUAAAUUGUGUCAGCUGCUCUCCACCAUUGAAAUGAGUAAGAGAUUAAAAGGAUCAGGAGUCACAGUCAAUGCCCUUCAUCCUGGAGUAGUAAGAACUGAAAUAAUACGAAAUUUCAGGAUUCUGCAAAUGUGGAUUUUGAGGCCAGUUCUCUUGUUUGUGAUGUAUUUCUUUUUCAAGACACCCAACGGUGGUUCCCAGACAUCAGUCUACUGUGCAGUUGCAGAGGAACUGAAGAAUGUUUCUGGGGAAUACUUCAAGGACUGUGCAUUGAAAGAAUGCAGUGCUUUGGCUAAAGAUGAAGCGUUAGCUAAAGAGCUUUGGAAACAAAGUGAACAGCUUACUGGAAUAAACAAAAACUGAUCCAGAGUUAACAAAGCCAAUUGCUUCGGGACCAACAUCAUGUUUACACUAAAUUUUUAAUUUUUGUUUUCAAUACUAGUUUUAUUCUUCAUAUCACAGAAGUCCACCUCUUGACUCUUUAUAUCCCAGACUAAGAUAUACGAUUUUCAAUUGCACGCUAUUUUACGCCUAAAGCGAUAUCGGUAUUUGUUCCUCCUCCUUCUCUAUCGCCCAGGUCAAAUGAGACGAACGAACGAACACGAGACGAACGAACAGAGUUGAGUCAACUGACAUCGAACUUAUCAUGAUCUUAAUUCGCUCAGUUUAGUUCGUCUCUUGUGAAGUUCGACGUUUGAUCUCGGCCUUAUUCGUUUUCUUUGGUAAUAUUUAUUUGAUCUCUCUCAAGGUGAACGGUCUCAAAGGGAAUAUUGAUCAGGGCCGUAGCCAGAAACA